CUGUAUUUCUUUCUCUUGAUUAGAAGAGUUUUUCAUGGUUUUAUUUUACAAUUUCUGUAGGUUGUACGUCUGUCUGUGCGUGUUUUCCAAGUUUCUGAAGCUGUGACUAAAGGGUCAAAUCUCCAGACUCAUUUUAUUGUUCAGUGUUUCUUUUUGUUGGUUUUCAGAGGUGGACAGCACUGAAGUAUUUUAGUUACAUUUUCCAAGCCUCUGUGCUUUAUCAGAGUGUUUGUCUUACUGUACAAAAGUACUUUUUACUUAAGUAAAAGCAAAAACAUAGAUGUUUAUUGUUAUUAUUAUUAUUAUUAUUAUUAUUAUUAUUAUAGUAAAUAUUAAAAUGUAAAACAAAACUUGUAUUUAGGAAAUGUAGUGGAGUAAAAUUUUUGAUAAUAUGCUUUGGAAUGUAUGUUUUCCAAAGAAAAGAAAAUACGAAUACACUGAUAAAAUAAGAAUACUUCAAAAAUUAAAUUUAAGUAGAAAGUAAAAUACUUAUGUACUGCCCCCCUUUGCAUCACAUCAAUAUAUUUUAUUUAGACAGUCAUUCGAAACAUGUUUUUCAUCCAGCUAUUAGCGUUGCAUUGUACUUUACUCGACAUUUUGCUUUCCAGGUUUUUUCAGCUAUGUGUAGAUUUUAUUUAGUUUUUGGAAGUUUUUAAAAGUCUUGUUUUAUUUAUUCGUACUGGUGACACCGAUUAUUUACAUUUGUAUUUUAAUAACUACACAUAUGUGACAUUAAUAUCAUAAUUGAAGAACGUCCACUGAGGCACAUUGUAACUUACACAUUGUGCUUCUUAAACAUUUAAUUUUGCAACAAUUGAAUUUGCCAUUUAUCUUGAUGGAUACUUUAAUUUUAUGACUAUUUAUUUAAUUGUUUGUUUGUUUUUUCGACCACACGCGUCUGAUUUCAAUUUUAUGCAUAAAAAUACAACUGUUUUCAGUUGUUUCUGUAGUUCAUCAGAAUGGACUCAAAGUGCCGCUAUUGGUCAGUGUGUCACAGUUUAGAGAGCAGAUUUUCAGCAGUUCCACCCCAUCAUCUCAAUAUUAUAAGAGAGAAAGGCUGAAGCUGAGCACACAGUAUUGAGGAGGAGAGAUAAGAACAUUAACGGAGAAAAACAAUUUAAUAUCUUUCUAUAUUUACAUGCUAUAGGUUUGCUAUUUACACUGGACAUAUAAGGAUUAUUCUCCACACAUUUUGGAUUGUUACAUUUUAUCCCAGUCUUCAUCUUCCUGCUCUUUUGCUGAAUGUCGGACAGAACAAUGGCGCGGCAAGUACUGCUGUUUAUUUGGAUUCUUUCUCUCAGUUCAGCUCUCGGGCAGGUCAGUUACUCCAUUCCUGAGGAAAUGUCGAAAGGCUCUUUAGUCGGUAACAUAGCGCAGGAUUUGGGUUUAGAUUUAAAGAGACUGAAAUCUGGCAAAGCCCGAAUUUAUACAGGAGACAGCCCUGAAUACAUCGAGCUGAAUAAAGAGAGAGGAGUCCUCCUUAUCAAAGAGAGAAUAGACCGAGAGGCGCUAUGCGGACAGACAACGCCUUGCGCACUACAUUUACAGAUUAUUCUGGAAACCCCCAUAGAGUUUUACUCCGUUACUAUCGAAGUAAAAGAUGUAAAUGAUCAUUCGCCGUUUUUUAAAAUGGAUGAGAUGAGAUUCAGAAUCAGUGAGUCGGCUGUUACCGGGGCAGUAUUUGUUUUAGAGAGAGCGAUAGAUUUUGACGUUGGUAUUAAUGGCCUACAGACGUACUCGCUGAAACCCACUGAUAAUUUCGCAUUAAAAUUACAGACGCAGCCCGACGGUAGUAAAAUAGUAGAAAUGCUUCUUCAGAAACCGCUGGACCGUGAAAAGCAGGAACAUUUGUCUCUGGUUUUGACAGCGAUAGAUGGAGGUGAUCCACAGUUGUCUGGUACUGCGCAAAUACAUAUUACUGUAUUAGAUGCCAAUGACAACGCGCCGGUUUUUACGCAGAAAAUAUACAAGGCGACUAUUGUGGAGAAUGCUCUCAAAGGUACGGUUUUAACGACAGUAAGCGCCUCUGAUAUGGAUGAGGGCUCAUACGGUAAAAUAAAGUAUUUCAUCACAAAUACUCUAGACGCUAUCAGGGAAUUGUUUGAAAUUAACGAAGAAAAUGGAGAGGUAAAAGUAACAGGGAUUAUAGAUUACGAGAAAGCGCAACAUUAUCAAAUUCAUGUACAAGCCAUCGAUGACGGGGGUCUGGCUGAUUCUUCUAAAAUAGAUGUAGACUUGAUUGAUGUAAAUGACAAUAAGCCGCUCAUCAACAUAAUGUCUAAAUUAACCACCCUAUCAGAAAACUCUUCUGGCACAGUUGUAACUGUAAUAAACGUGCAGGAUCCAGAUGCAGGAGAAAACGGAAAAAUACAAUGUUCUAUAAACGAAAAUAUUCCUUUUACACUGACGGGGACUAAUGCAAAUUUUUACAGUUUGGUCAGCGAUGGCGAUUUGGAUCGCGAGAGAGAGUCUCAGUAUAAUAUCAGUGUGACGUGCGCUGAUGAGGGCGUGCCGUCUCUUUCCAGCAGCGUCACUCUCUCUUUACAGAUAUCAGAUGUAAAUGAUAACGCACCUGCCUUUGAGAAAAGCUCUUAUAAAACCUUUGUUCAAGAAAACAACUCACCGGGUCUUUCCAUCUUCACAGUCCGAGCCAGAGACGCAGAUUUUAACCAGAAUGCUCACGUGUCUUACAUACUGGAUGACUCCUCGGUUAACGGUGUCCCCGUGUCCUCAUUAGUGUCCGUUAGUGCUGAUAGUGGAGUCAUACACGCAGUGCGAUCUUUCGAUUACGAGCAGAUAAAAGAUUUUCACUUCCGCGUAAAGGCGCAAGAUGGAGGCUCACCCCCUCUUAGCAGCAACGUGAGCGUAAAAGUAAUAAUUCAGGACCAGAAUGAUAACGCGCCUCAGGUUCUGUACCCGGUCCAGUCUGGUGGCUCUGUGGUGGCUGAAAUAGUGCCUCGUUCGGCAGAUGUGGGUUAUCUGGUGACUAAAGUGGUCGCUGUUGAUGUGGACUCUGGACAGAAUGCAUGGCUCUCAUAUAAACUGCAGAAAACCACGGACAGGGCGCUGUUUGAAGUGGGCUUACAGAAUGGAGAAAUAAGAACUGUACGUCCAGUGACAGAUAAAGAUGCUGUGAAACAAAGACUUACUGUUGUUGUGGAGGACAACGGGCAGCCUUCUCGUUCAGCUACAGUUAUUGUUAAUGUAGCAGUUGCGGACAGCUUCCCUGAAGUGAUCUCGGAGUUUACUGACUUUACGCAGGACAAGGAGUACAACGACAACCUGACUUUUUAUCUAAUUUUGGCUUUGGCUGUAGUUUCGUUUCUUUUUAUCGUGUCUAUUAUCGCCAUACUAUCCGUUAAAUGUUACAGAUGGAGACGCGAGCGGAUGUUUUACAAAUCUGGAGCGAAUCUUCCAGUUAUUCCGUAUUAUCCGCCCCUUUACGCAGACGUUGGGGGCACAGGAACUUUACAGCACGUGUACAAUUAUGAUGUUUGCAGAACAACAGACUCCAGAAAGAGUGAUCUGAAAUAUUUCAGACCUUGCAGUGAGAGCAUCAUUAGUCUGGACACCAAUGGAACACAGACACUCACGCAUACGCAGAGAGAGAAAGUGAUCAUUGAGAAUCCUGAUGAUCAGGUAAGAGUGAAUUUUUUUAGAUAAUCUGUGUAGCAGACUAAUCUUCUACGAUUUUAAUAGUUGGCUUUUCUUGGUGUGCAAGCGUUGUCAACGGGAUCGCACUUUUUACAGGCAGUUACCACCAACAUUUUGCUAUAAUUUUGCAACCCAAUCUCAAGGCAUGUCGUGGUAUAAUAUUUCAUUUAUUUUUUCGUGUUCAUGGACACGAUUUUACGCUUUUGGUGUCACUCAACGCGGAUUUCUUAAUUGUUUUUGUGUGUCCAUAGCACAACGUUCCUUUUUUUGUGUAAUUUUAUGUUUUGUUUUCUCAAAAUUUCUUUGCUUUGUUGUUUGGGAUUCUAAUUCCAACCUCAAGCACCAGUAGUUUAAAAAUCGGAAGAAAAAAAUCUAAAAUUCAAUGACAUCGUUACCCAAACCACUUUUAUUGUUACACGGGUGCUGUAUUUUUGUUUACAAAACGACUAGAGGGUGUUAAAAUCCAGAUUAAAUCUCUUCUUUUUAAUGACCAAGGUUGAAUGCCCUUUAAAUUUGUUUUAGAUUUUAACUUUGAUUAAAGCUUUUGUGUUUUAGUCCCUCAUUUUCAAUUAAGUAAGUUUUUCAUGGAUUCGUUGUUGUGAUCCGCUUGUUUACAAUUUAAACUUAGACGUGAACUAAUUUUUACUAAUACUGUUUUUAUGUUUAAUAAAAAAAUGUAUGUGAUAUUUAAACAUUGCAGUUUAGAUGUAUGUCUAGUCUGGCGUCUAGUAGACAGCAGUUUGUAGCGUUUGGUAAUGUCGUUGGUGUCCCUUUUGCAAUUCCUGUAUUGUGUUUAUUGACUUUAGAAACAUUUACACUUUAAACGCUAUUUACAUUUAUUUAUUUGGUUGUUUAUUGCGACCCACGAAUUGCGUAGUUGUUAUAAUUAAAUAUUUUUGGGUCUCUUUUAUUUGUGCUUGUCGGGUAAAAUAUUUCAGCACUUUUUUCAGCGUCGCUGGCCAUGGUCCUGAAUGCAGUCAUGAGUUCUGCAGGCUGUUAUUCAUUAUCCCUAUUUAAUAGAGCAUCUCUUCGAGAUCCUCUACCCACUCUCAGUCAUACAUAAGGAUUGCAUUUAUUUAUUUAUUAUUAAUUAUUUGUUUUGCUUCCCUGAUUAGUCAAGAACACAUGCAAAUUUGAACUGGCAUAGACGUGUGUUUUUUUUAUUUGAGAAUACUUUAUAAUUUUUAUUUUAGAUCAUUGUUGUGAUUGAUAAGUGGAUCUAUUUGAAUAUAUAGAUAUGUAGUUCAUCUGACUUGACUCGUAGUGCCGCUGUUGGUCAGCGUAUCACAUUUUAAAGAGCAGAUCUGCAGCAGUUCCACCCCCAUCAUCCCCAUAAUAUAAGACAGACGAAAGCUGAACGUACAGUCUGAAGAGGACAGAGAAAACAGUGAUGCAUAUUUUCGCUGUUUUAUUUUAUUUGGGAUAAAAAUCUCUGUUUUAAUUUGCUUAGGUCUAUGUAUGUGUCAACUUUAGUCUUUUUGACUAGUAUUCAAUGGAUUAAACAUCGUUUCCUCUCAUCUCGUAGAAGUGUCGGACAGAA